AUGCAAAACGAAACGAAGGAUCGUCACCGUCUUUUUGUGGCGCUCUAUGAUGCUGGCAAGGGGAAGGAACCUUAUUGGGAGCUCGCUGUCAUUCCAAAAUCCAGUAUGGCACCCAUGCUUUGGCACCCACCACCCCAAUCGCGCAAUGGACACCUGGUGCCUGGUGACUAUUCGCCGCGGAUGGUCGAGGGUGGCGCAUAUACAGUUUUCAGCAUCGUCAGGAACGCCUUUAUUGACCAGCGAACCGGUCAAGUGAUGGAUUGGCAGGUCCAGCAGCGCAAUGUCAAGAAACCUGAGGAUGAACCUUCCCUUAUUUGUAUGGUCCUCAUCGCAAAAGUGGUGCGGAGUAAAAUUGGCCUGUUGCAAAAAAUUAUACCGAAUACGAAUGUUCCUCCUGCUGGCUCUGGUGCCAACGCAGAUGGCUGGCACCCUUGCUCAUGGAUUGAAGGAGUGAUCAGUGCUUUAUGUGACCACGACCCGCAAAUCAUCGAUCAUGCCGCAGUGAUGAUGGAGGGCGCUAAUGACCUUUACGAGUGUGACGGUCAAAGCGCGUUAUUACUCAUUCCGAGAGCAGAGAAUCAACAACAAACAAACAUUCACAUACGAAAGGUUUACCUUUGUGACUAA